AUGGCUUCCAACGGCGCCGACGUCACCCGCGUCGGCUUCAUCGGCCUUGGGGCCAUGGGCUUCGGCAUGGCGUGCAAUCUGGUGAAGAAGCCGCAAUACCAAGUCCAGGGCUUCGAUGUGUAUCCUCCCAGCGCAGAGAAGUUCGUCGCGCAGGGCGGUUCAGUUGGGUCGUCUCCAAGGGAGGUCGCUAAGACCAGCGACAUCCUUGUCUGCAUGGCUGCGAAUGCGCAGCAAAUCGAUGACAUACUUUUUAAUCAUCAGACGGGUGCUCUCGAGACAUUACCGGAGCAUGCGACCGUGUUGCUCUGCUCGACGGUGCCUCCGACGUACCAUGAGGCGCUGCCAGAUCGCAUUGCCAAAAAGGGCCGAAGCGACGUGCUCGUCGUCGACGGCCCUGUAUCGGGAGGAACCAAGCGUGCUGCUGAGGGCACUCUCACAAUCUUCGCUGCGGGCACCUCAGUAGCCUUGCAGCGCGCAGACAAGAUUCUUCGCGACAUGUCGGAGAAGCUGUACAUCAUUCCCGGCGGGCCAGGUGCCGGUAGUAAGGUGAAGAUGGUCAACCAACUCCUAGUUGGUACACAUAUUGCCGCUGCCUCCGAGGCCAUGGGUCUCGCUGCAAAGGCUGGCCUCAACACCCGUGAGGUGUAUAAUAUCAUCACGAAUGCGGCUGGAAACUCAUGGGCUUUCGAGAACCGCGUACCGCACAUGCUUGACGGAGACUGGACUCCUCUGUCCGCUCUUAACAUCUUCGUCAAGGACAUGGGCAUCGUUGUCUCUACAGCCAGGACGCUGCAGUUCCCAGUGCCACUCGCAUCAACGGCAGAGCAGCUGUACAUCCAGGGCGCCGCCCAAGGACUCGGCUUGGAUGACGAUGCGGGUCUUGUGCGCGUCUUCCUCCCCAGAAACCCGGAACUCGUGAAGGAGCAGGCUGGCCAGGUCAGCACCUCGCAAGAAAAGCUUACCCCCAGCAGCACGCCAUUGGAGAUCUCCAAGAUCGGCAUGAUUGGCCUGGGAGCAAUGGGUCAGGGUAUGGCGGGGACCCUUCUGCGAGCUGGCUUCCCGGUCCACGGCUACGACGUCUAUGAGCCAGCCAUUGACAAGUUUGUGGCCACGGGCGGCAAAGCGACCAAGGCCAGCAGCCCCUCCGAUGCCGCAAAGGGCGCCGACCUCUUGGUUCUGAUGGUCCAGAAUGCCGCCCAGGCUGGCGAUGCCUUGUUUGGAUCUGGCAAGGCUGCUGAAGUACUCCCGGAUGGUGCCAUUGUUAUCCUUAGCUCCACGGUACCGCCAUCAUUCGUGCGGGAGCUUGAGAGCAAGCUCACCAACCUCGGCAAGGGCAUCAGCUUGAUCGAUGCGCCUGUCAGUGGAGGCGUCGUUCGUGCCGCGAACGGUACCCUGACUAUUAUCUGCUCUGGAGACGAUGCCAUCAUUUCAAAGGUUAACGCUCCCCUGAUGGCCAUGACUGGAACUUCAAGCAACCUUUGCCAUGUCCAGGGUGGUGUUGGAGCUGCAUCUUCGGUCAAGCUUAUCAACCAAUUGCUCGCCGGUGUUCACAUUGCAGCAGCUGCCGAGGCCAUGGCCCUCGCUGCUCGCCUGGGCCUGGACACAAGACGCGUCUUCGACCUCCUGGGUAACGCCGCUGGCUGGAGCUGGAUGUUUGAGAACAGGGUACCUCAAAUGCUCGAUGCCGAUUGGACACCGCACUCUGCCUUGGCAAUCUUCGUCAAGGAUCUCGGUAUUGUGCUUGACGAGGCGAAGCGCCUUACCUACUUCGCCCCGAUCUCGUCCGCCGCCCACACUCUGUAUCUCUCCGGCGCUGCUCAUGGCUGGACGAAGGAAUCUGAUGCUGGCGUUGUGAGGCUAUGGGAGCUGACCGGCAUCUCUGUGUCUGGUAACGCUGGACCCAAGCAGGAAAACAAGAGCGAUGCCGCUGCCUCGCCGGUCGUUGACCAAGACGAGGCUCUGCCAGCCCAAAAGACACUCGACGCUUUGCCCGCCGAGUACUCAGACGACGUCAUCAGCUCGACCCAGAAGGUUGUCAACAACGGCGAAGUCCCCGUACUUAUCGCACUGGAUGACGACCCAACAGGCACGCAGACCUGCAACGACAUUGACGUGUUGACUGUUUGGGAUGCUGCGACCCUGGAUUACGAGUUCAGCCUCAACCCCAAGGGCUUCUUCAUUCUGACCAACUCGCGCGCUCUUCCUUCCGCCGAGGCGCGCCAGUUGAUCCUUGAGAUCUGCCAAAACGUGAAGAAGGCUGCCGAGAAGGCCGGCAAGGCUUUCGAGAUUGUGCUCAGAGGCGACUCUACUCUUCGUGGCCAUCUUCCGGAGGAGCCAGAGGCCGCUGAGGAGGCGUUGGGCAAGUUUGAUGCGUGGGUCGUGACACCCUUCUUCUUCCAGGGUGGGCGAUUGACCAUCAACGACGUUCACUACGUCAAGGAGGGCGAUGUUCUCGUGCCUGCCAGCCACACACCGUUCGCGCAGGAUGCCACCUUUGGAUACAAGAACUCGAACCUCCGCAAGUACAUCCUGGAGAAGUGUGGUCAUCGGUUUGACGAGUCUUCUUUCCUGUCGGUGACCCUCGACGAUAUCCGUCUCGGUGGGCCUGCUGGCGUCGCGAAGAAGCUGCUCUCAGCGGCUGCAGGAUCCAACACGGUCGUCAUCGUCAACGCCGCUGCGGAGUCUGAUAUGCACGUCUUCGUGGCAGGACUGCUCGAGGCUAACAAGAGCGGAAGGCGAUACCUGUUCCGUACCGGCGCUGCCUUUGUGUCGUCGCGUCUCGGCAUCACAGGUAUUCCGCCGCUGACCAUGGCUGACCUUGGCGUGUCGGUCACCGAGCCCAAGCAGCCGGGUGGACUGAUCGUCGCUGGGUCCUACGUGCCGAAGACGACAGCCCAGCUGAAGGUCCUCCGGGAGAGACGGGGCGACAAGCUAGCCGUGAUCGAGCUGGACGUAGCUGAUCUGGUCGCAUCUGACGAGGCAGCUGAGAAGGUCGUCGAGGCUGCAGCCACGGAAACCACCAAGAAGCUGAGCGCGGGCGAGGAUGUGCUCGUCAUGACGUCCCGAGAGCUCAUCAAGGGUCACGAUGCCCUGAGCUCGCUCCAGAUCGGAUCCAAGGUCGCUCGUGCGCUCGUACAGCUGGUCGAGAAGAUUGACGUCAGGCCGCGUUAUCUGAUUGCCAAGGGUGGCAUCACAUCAUCCGACGCUGCGACAAAGGGAUUGAAGAUGAGGAGAGCGCGCAUCCUGGGCCAAGCCGCCCCGGGCGUGCCGUUGUGGAGGUGCGACGAGGAAACGAGCAGGCAUCGCGGAGUGCCUUACGUCGUGUUCCCAGGUAAUGUGGGGAGCGACCAGACGCUUGCCGAUGUUGUUGAGUCGUGGUCGAUUGCAAGCGUUGCAUAG